AUGUUCCGUAAUACUUGGGCAACGAAGGCAACCCUGCUGGUUGCCCUUUCCUUGUUAUGUUUCAUCCUUCCAACCUCCGAGGCUGCGAAGAAGAAGAAGGGGAAAGGCAACAAGAACGCAAAGGGAGCUAAGAAAGCUGGUUCCGAUCCUCUCAAGUGUGGUGUUUGCAUCGCAGCUGUUGCAGAGAUCCAGAAAGAACUUCAGACUACAGAGAACUCCACCAGCACGCUGGACCUCCGCUGGGGUUUGACAGCAGAAGUCACUGAAGGAAGGGCAAAGCGCAUCGGCAAGGUGAUCCCUUACAAGCGCUCUGAGCUCCGAUCCAUUGAGGUCAUGGAGAAAGUAUGUGAAACGAUGAAGUCGUACGCGAAAUACGAGCGCGUGAAGGGAGAAAUACAGCUGAUGAAGACCACCAACGUGACGGCCCUCGAGGCGGAGUAUCCCGAGGCUCAACGCAUUAAAAGGGACUCGGAGGAAUCGCAGAAAGAUCGUAGCAAGUUCGAACGAUUCUGUGAAGAGCUGGUUGAGAAGAGUGAGGAGAGCAUCGUUCAAUCUGUGAGGAAUGGCGACAACAACUCCGCCAUGGUGGACGCUGUCUGCUACGGAGAGGAGGCCGUGUGCGGCAAGGAGAGGGCUAAAUGCCAGCCAGGCUCCUACAGUAGCUACAUGGGACUUGCUCCAUGCAGCCUCUGCGAGCAGGGCACGUACCAGACGGAGGAGGGGCAGACAGGCUGCGUUGAAUGUGCCGCUGGCUUCAACACCUCACUUCGAGGAUCCGCAUCGGACGCAAAUUGCACUGCUAUCUGCAAGCCUGGAAGCUUCAGCGACAACGGACUAGAGCCUUGCUCUCCCUGCGGCGUUGGCGCGUAUCAGCCUGAGGCAGGAAGCAAACAGUGCCACGCGUGCCCGGAUGGAAAGAACACAGAGGCGACCGGCGCCAUGUAUGUGACUGAGUGCGUGUCCAAGUGCGGAGAUGGCAGGAAGUCUACGGAGGAGGAGUGCGACGACGGCAACGUGUACCCUGGUGAUGGAUGCGACCACCAGUGCAAGGUAGAAGCUGGCUCAGCCUGCUCCUUCUUGAGCUCCGUCGGAUCCAAGAGCGAGUGCAACAAGGUGGUCUGCGGAGAUGGGAAGCGACAGAACUCCACGGACGGGACGGUGAUCGAGAUCUGCGAUGACGGCAACGUUGCCAACGGGGACGGAUGCUCCUCGACCUGCGGAGUGGAACCUGGCUUCUCCUGUGAUCUCAACAAGGACAAGACGGAGUGCCACGAGGUCAAGUGCGGAGACGGUGUGCAGGAGAUCUCUUCGGAUGGCUCGCGAGACGAGAAGUGCGACGAUGGCAACGAGAAGGACGGCGACGGCUGCGACAGCUCCUGCAAGCUUGAGGAGGGCUUCAUCUGCAGCGGACGCUACGGUCAGAGAACUCUUUGCUACCCCGUUACCUGCGGCGAUGGGCUCAGGGAGACCUCGGGAAGCAAGCAGGAGGCUUGCGAUGACGGAAACACGGAGGACGGAGACGGUUGCUCGAGCACCUGCAGCAUUGAGUCCGGCUUCCAAUGUGAGCCGAUGUCGGGAAGCAGGAGGGGAAGGAGCAACGCAAUGGGUGUAGAAGGCUUCUUGACGCAAGGGAUGGACAACUGUACUCGCAUCCCUGGCUCGAGCAACGAGACCGGAGGGGAAGAGAAGAAGGAGGGAGGGUUCUUCUCCAACCUCUUCGGGGGCAGCAAAGCAACGGAGCCGCAGGCGUCGGAGCUGUAAGAGGCCAUGGAAGAUGCAAGGAUCUUUAUCAUGUCAUACAACAAUAAUAAAUCAAAGCUUUAUCUGUC